AUGUUCCGCCACCAUUACUACUACUACAUCGCUUUGUUCGUACUUUACACGUUGCUUCUGCUUGAUACUGCCACGGAUGCUACACCAUGCGCAUGUUCAUGCCCUUGCCCAGUUCCCCAGCCAUGUCCACCUCCGGUUAUUUGUCCACCACGUAUUUGUCCACCACCGCCACCAUGUCCACCACCGCCACCGCCACAACCAUGUCCACCAUGCAUAGUACGUUUUGAACAUUUCAUGCAUUUUACUUGA